AUGAACAUCUCGGAGGACGCACAGUGGGGAGACCCAGCCAACGGGACCGGAGGUAUCGUCGAGCUGACUGAGACAGCUAAGAUCGCCACCUCUGUGGUCUACGGGAUCAUCUUCAUCUGCGGGGCGGCUGGGAACGUCCUGGUCAUCCUGGUCAUUUGGAUGUUGAGAAGCAAGACCCUCGUGCAGAGGAGCCUGAGCUGGCACAUGAUGAGCAUGGCGUGUUCCGACCUGCUCAUCCUCACCGUAGGACUACCCAUCGAGCUGUACGGCAUCAUCUGGAACCCGCACCCCUGGCCAAUCGGAAACGCUGGAUGCAAAGGAUUCUACCUGCUCUGGGAAGUGUGCAGCUACGCAUCGAUAUUCAACGUCCUGACCUUGAGCUUGGAACGCUACAUAGCCAUCUGUCACCCGCUGCAGAUCAAGUUAAUGGCCACAUCGAGGACCAGCAGCCUGAUUGGCUUGGUGUGGGCCCUGGCGUCCAUCACAGGGUUGCCUGCUGCUUUUGCAAUCGGUGUAGAAGACGCUUGGAAGCCCUUUAGGCCCCGAGGGGAUGGAAGGCCACCCCUCAACAUUUGUACCAAUAUUUCCGGAAGGAUGUCUCUCUUCCGGCUGGUCAUCUACCUCUCUUUCUCCCUUUACGUUCUGGUGCUCCUGUUGGUGGGUUUUACCUGUAGGGAGAUGAUGAAAACCCUCCUCAGAAGUCGGCAGGCGUCUAGCACGCUCCAGAAGUCCAACCCCACAGGCAAGGUUACGCCAAGGUUUAAAGAGAUAAGACGGCAAAAUAUUGUGAUGCUGGGAUGUAUUGUUGCAACACUGGCUGUUUGUUGGUUUCCGUUCCAAGCGAGGCGUCUAAUGGCAGCUAUUCAGUCCAAAAGCCAGUGGACGGAGCAUUACUACAGUUCUUACCUUGCAAUGCAGCCCAUUACCAACUCUCUCUAUUACAUCUGCUCAGCCAUCAAUCCUUUCCUUUACAACGUGACCUCCAAACAGUUCCGCAAGAUGUUCAGACAAGUUCUGAGAGGCUGCUGUUGGUCUGGCCCCAUCCCAUCGGUGUAUGAGAGAAACGCACAUUCAGACGUGAAGCAAGAGCCCAAUUGA